AUUUGACACUUUGUCACUGUGUUGACAGCAACAACAGUGAAAAAGAAAAAGAAAAUCGAUUACAUAACCUAACCUAUCUAUAGAAUAGAAGUCUAUGUCAUAUUGACUGCGAGGUUGUAAGAUAAUUCGAAGCAAUGGCCGCAAAACGUAUCUCCCAAUCGAACAUUAAUUGGUCCGCACUUUCUGAGCGUGUACCAACACAUCAAAAGAGCAGCUUUUUAGCAUUCAAGUCACGCAGUGACAAAUAUCUACGUGCUGUUCUCGCUAAUCCAGAACAAUCACCAAAAAUCGAUUGGGCUGCAUACAAAAGUAAAAUCCCAAAUGCUGCCUUGGUUGAAUCAUUCCAAAAGGCAUAUGAAUCAUUGAAAGUUCCAUACCCAGCUGAUACUUUGUCAGCUGAGGUUGAUAAAUUGCGUGGUGAAAUGAUAUCUGAAAUUGCAACGUUCAAAAAAGAAUCCGAGGCACGUAUUGUCAACUAUAAAGCCGAAACUGAUCGUAUCAAGGGAUUAUUGCCAUACGCUCAAAUGACAAUGGAAGAUUUCCGUGAUGCCCAUCCAGAAUUGGCAUUGGAUCCACUCAAUAAGCCAACAUUCUGGCCACAUGAGCCAGAGCUUCAGCCAGACGCUUGCAAAGAAGAAAAAGCACACCACUAGAAGCAGCCUUCAAUUUAAUCAAACAACAGGAAAAGAAAUAGCAUUCUUCAGCCAAAUUGUUAUUCAAUGCAGCACAUGGAUUAGAAUUAAAUUAACAACAAUAACAUCAAAUCAACGGCAAAAACAACAACAACAACAAGCAUUAUUGAUUUAAAUCCUAACCAUUUAAACAUUGAUGUAUGAUUACUAUACAAUUGAAGUGCAUAACAACGCAAUCAAUUUCAAUGUAGUUCGAAAAUUUAAAAUUUAUCAAAUAAAGUGUUAAAAACAUAUGAUUAA